AUGGAACAUUCGGUCAGGAUGAGGACGGAUGCGUCUGUCGCGCUGAAGAAGUCGAAAAAGGCAGUGAAAAGGAAGGCUCUUUCUAAGUCGGAUACAGCUGGUAACCAUGUGGAACCGAAUAGCUCUCCAGAGAAUCUCAAACUGAAGAAGGCACUUCAACCACACGACUGUAACGGUAGUGAGUUACCUACUAAAAAGAAAAAACUCGUCAAGUCGAAAAAAGGGUUGAAGAAGAAAAGGGAAGAAGAGUCCGUGAAGCCGAAAGUACCAAAGAAGUCAGCGAAAACUGGAUCAGAUAAAAUUGAAAAGCGCAAUUCUUUAUUUGAUUCUGAUGAUAAUUUGGAUGAUGGGGAUAACGAUGAGCUAAAGACUUUGCACGACUCCAACAUUGAAAUGGAUGAUGAUUUCGGUAGCGACAGCGGUCGAAACAGCGAAGAUGAUGGUGAUUUUCACGAUUCUGACGAUGAUGAACUACCGAUUGAGAAAAAGUCGAAAAUGUUGGACCGAAGGAAAACCAAAAUUGCGAAUGAAGCCCAAUCUGAACUACGUCUAAAUAUAGCUGGACAGCCGCAGUAUGAAUUACCAAGUGUUGACGAAGUGGAGAAGCAACUCAGAGAGGUGCCCAAUCUUCAAAUAAUUAAGGAUAGGAUACACGACAUUGUCCAGGUCCUUGGAGAUUUUAAAAAUCGAAGACAGGAGGGUAAAAGUCGCGAUGACUACGUUGCUAUUCUCACCAAGGAUCUCUGCUCGCAGUAUGGCUACAACGAAUAUCUUAUGUCUAAAUUCAUGCAGCUGUUCCCUCAGGCAUCGGAGUUGAUCGAGUUUCUGGAUGCUAACGACCAACAGCGUCCUGUAACAAUACGAACGAAUUCUCUAAAAACAAGAAGAGGUGACUUGGCUAAAUCUUUGAUUAAUCGUGGAAUGAAUGUUGAUCCUGCUGCACCAUGGACAAAAGUGGGUCUUGUGGUGUACGACUCCCAAGUUCCCGUAGGAGCAACUCCCGAAUACCUUGCUGGUCACUAUAUGAUCCAAGGUUUGAAUUCUCUGUUACCUGUGAUGGCACUUGCACCACAACCUGGAGAUCGUGUUCUUGACAUGUGUGCUGCACCUGGUGGAAAGGCUUCCCACAUUGCCAGUCUUAUGAAGAAUAGCGGUGUACUAUUUGCUAAUGAUGCUAAUAUAACUCGAUGCAAAGCAAUCAUCGGAAAUUUGCAUCGAUUAGGCGUCAACAAUGCUGUAGUGAGCAACUUGAAUGGAGAAGAGUAUGCCAAAUUGGCUCCAAAUGGCUUUGACCGUGUACUUCUCGAUGCUCCAUGCUCCGGCACUGGUGUUAUUUGGAAGGAUCCAUCUGUGAAGACAAGCAAAGACAGCCAGGAUAUUCAGCGCAGGCAUACCGCACAGAGGCAGCUAAUCCUUGCUGCACUUGAUGCUGCGGACGCCAAAUCUCCCAGUGGUGGUUAUGUUGUGUAUUCAACUUGUUCCGUUCUGGUUGAAGAAAAUGAAGCCGUGGUAAACUACGCUUUGCAAAAAAGACACUGCGAAUUGGUAUCGUGUGGUUUGGAAGUUGGCAUAGAGGGAUUCACGAAAUUCCGCGAAUAUCGGUUUCAUCCUUCACUUAAUUUGACGCGACGGUACUAUCCUCACGUACACAACAUUGAUGGAUUUUUCGUGGCAAAAUUGAAGAAGCUGUCAAAUGCCAAGAUGGGAAAAGCAAGUGUUGAUAUUGCGCACCGAGAAAAUCUCGAGAAAAGUGAUGUCGAUGAAGAGCCAAAACAGUCCAGUGUAGACAAAAAGAAAAGCAAGAAGAACAAGUCAAAAUCUGUUGGAAACGCUGACCAGUGUGACAGCGAUAGCUCAAGCGAAGGCAUCAAUUCUGUUGGAAGUAAUAAGAGAAAAGCGAAGAAAAAACGGAAUCAGCUGAGAAAUAUAGCGAAGAGAGUUCUAGGAACUGCAGAUGACGAUGGGUUCAAUACGUCUGGUUAUGUCCAACGAUCAAAAAAGGAGAAACGAUUCAACAAGAAGAUUGGGAAACGAACACUUGCAAAAACUAGUGCUAAAACUAUCAAAAACAAGAGGAAAAAGUUACUGGCAAAGAAAACAUAA